GGGCUGCUGGCUGGGGCCCAGCACAUAACUCUGGCGGUUGCAGUCUGGAGCAGCAGACACCCAGCCACUCUGAGCUGAACUGGCAGCAUGAAGGCCUUCCUGGCCCUGCCGCUGCUCCUGCUGCUCUUCUCCAUUCCCCACUGCGCCCCCCAGGUCUCUGGGAUCCGGGGUGAUGCUCUAGAGAAGUCUUGCCUUCAGCAGCCCCUGGACUGUGAUGACAUCUAUGCUCAGGGCUACCAGGCAGAUGGCGUGUACCUCAUCUACCCUCUGGGCCCCAGCGUGCCUGUGCCUGUCUUCUGUGACAUGACCACCGAGGGUGGGAAGUGGACGGUUUUCCAGAAGAGAUUCAAUGGCUCAGUGAGUUUCUUCCGGGGCUGGAACGACUACAAGCUAGGCUUUGGCCGUGCAGACGGGGAGUACUGGCUGGGGCUGCAGAACCUGCACCUCCUGACAUUGAAGCAGAAGUACGAACUGCGAGUGGACUUGGAGGACUUUGAGAACAACACAGCCUAUGCCAAGUACAUCGACUUCUCCAUCUCGCCCAACGCGAUCAGCGCUGAAGAGGAUGGCUACACCCUCUACGUGGCAGGCUUUGAGGACGGCGGGGCAGGUGACUCCCUGUCUUACCACAGCGGCCAGAAGUUCUCCACCUUUGACCGGGACCAGGACCUCGUCGUGCAGAACUGUGCUGCCCUCUCCUCAGGAGCCUUCUGGUUCCGAAGCUGCCACUUUGCCAACCUCAACGGCUUCUACCUGGGUGGCAGCCACCUCUCCUAUGCCAACGGCAUCAACUGGGCCCAGUGGAAGGGCUUCUACUACUCCCUUAAGCGCACUGAGAUGAAAAUACGCCGGGCCUGAGUGGCUGGCCCCAUUAGGCCCCAAUGCCCCCCUGGCUGCUCUGUCUCCACGAGCGCUCCCUCCCCUGUACCUGUCGCCCCCAACCCCCAUGUCAGUUCUGCUGCUCUCUUGGCACCUGCUUCUCACAGGGGGCCUAUGGCUCUAGCCCCAGCUGAUCUCUAAGCCAGGCCUCUGCUCCCUUUGGCCUGAGGUCGUGCUGCCAACCGGCUUCCCAGGCCUCCUCGGAAAGGCACGGCCAGUCUGGACCUGGCUGGGCUCCACAAAACACCUAGUUGCCUCUGGCCCAUACCAAAGGCUAAGGGCUAGAAGCUGCCCUCCCAGGCUGCAACCUCUCAUGUUCCACCUUAGCCAGCUUCCUUACUGUGGGCUCAUCUAUCUGAGGCCACCCCAGCAUGUUAGUCUGAGCUGGUGCAGUCUGAUCACCACCCGGAAUAUGCCAGACCACCUGCAUGUGGCUGCUAUGACUACCCUCAGCAAGCCCCCAGCUGUUCCCAGAGUAUGUCUCAUCCUUUGCCUGCCUCCCAUUGAUGUAGUCUCUAGUGGUGAGCAGCCCCACCGCACUAUCAUACUCAGCUUCCCCUGCCCCCUGUCCCAGGCUCCCAACGCUCAAGGCCAAAACUGUAUUUCAUCACAGCUACGGCACACCACCCAAAAACAGCCAGUCAAGGUAGGCAUAGAUGUAAGGUCCUCCCAUCUGCCCCAGGGUUGAGGUUUGACCAUGUGAGGGGGUAGCAGACAACUUCUGUGGGACUGAAAGCAGGUAGGUAGUGGAGUCUCAAUAAACCUCAGGACCUGAAUGAA